AUGUUCCAGUUCGCCGCCCAGAUCGAUCCGUCUCUUGUCCUUUUCCUCAACGAGUACCACACAGAGGACGGCGAGGAGACUUUUGAGUCGACUCAAAAGUCCCUCGUCCUUUUCCUCAACGAGUACCACGUGGAGGACGGCGAGGACGAAAAGACCCGCCCGGAGAAGUACGCGCAGUUCGCCCGCCAGCUCAUCGCCAGCGGGGCGCCAGUUGGCGGGCUCGGCACGCAGUGCCACAUCAGCGCACCAGUUGGCACCCACAUGAGGCAUGCGUGGAAUAUCCUAGCCGAUGUAGGGUUACCAGUUUGGGUUACGGAGCUAGAUGUGAGUUCCUUAGAUGAAAAAGUGAGAGCGGAUGAUUUGGAGAUUUGUCUAAGGGAGGCGUUUGCACAUGGGGGAGUGGAAGGGGUGGUUUUGUGGGGUUUCUGGGAAGGUUCUGGGCCGGAUCGACCGUCCAUGUCGCGGAAAAAUGCACACUUGGUGCGUUCUGAUUGGUCGUUGACCGAGGCGGGGGAGAGACUGGAGAGGUUGCUAGAGGAAUGGACGACGAGGGAUGUGGUGGGGAGGACGGAUGAAGAGGGGUGGUUUGUGGUUGAGGGGUUUGCAGGGGAGUAUGAAGUGGUGGUGAGGGAUGGAGGGCAGGAAUGGAGGAAGAUGGUGGAAGUGAUUCCGCAGAAAGAGAGUGUCUUUGAAUGGAGGCUUGAGAGCGGAAUGAUGUGA